AUGUCGUCAGAUUACACAUAUGAUGAGCAGGGACAAUUCUUCCCCUUCUUCAUCCUUACCUUGACCGGCCUGGUCACUCUCCCUCUCACCUAUAACCUUCUACGACCCAGCAAAGAGCUUGAGAAUACUGCUCCCCGCAUCAAGUCCGAUUUCAAGCCCGAACAUGCGGACCUCAUCGAUGCGCAGAAGCGCAAGCGCCUGCGUAAAGAGCGCCGAAUCAAGCGCAUUAUCACUGUCAUCCUAGGAUAUGCUGUCAUGGCAUGGAUGGUAUACUUGAUUGUCGUCACCGCCAGGACAGUGGUGAAGGCAUAUGACCCUUAUGAUAUUUUGGGUGUCUCCAGGAGCGCAGAUGAGAAAGCUAUCUCCAGACACUACAAGCGCAUGUCUUUGAUCUACCACCCCGAUAAGAUCCGCCCCGACCCCUCCAAGAAUGAGACUAUGGACAUGCUGAACGAGCGUUUCGUGGAGCUCACCAAAGCCUAUAAAGCUCUCACUGACGAGGAGGUGCGAAACAACUACCUCCAAUAUGGCCAUCCCGAUGGCAAGCAGAGCUUCAGCAUUGGUAUCGCCCUUCCCAAGUUCAUUGUUGUGGAUGGCAAUGGCAAAUACGUUUUGAUGGUUUACGGUGCUCUUUUGGGAGUCCUAUUGCCGUAUAUUGUCGGCAAGUGGUGGUAUGGAUCGCAGCGCUACACAAAGGAGCGUGUCCUUGUUGCUAGCGCCGGGAACAUUUUCCGCGAGUACAAGGAAGACAUCACCGAAGGUGGCAUUGUCAGCGCUUUGUCGUCCGGCGAGGAAUUCAAGGACAUGCUCAAAGGUGCCCAUGCCGAGUCUGGUCUGGCCAAGCUCGAGAAGCGAGUGUUGGCAGAUGAUUCCUCGUUCCUUACAGCCCAGGAUCGUGCGGCCUUGAAGCAGCUGGACAGCUCCUCUCGUCGCAAGGCUUUGGCUCUGUUGUGGGGUUAUCUUGGUCGUAUUGAUCUUGGUGAUGCCACUCUCGAUGCCGAAAAAUAUGAAUCCGCUCCUGUCGCCCUCUCUCUCACUGAAGCUUUUACUGCUAUCUCCCUCGCAUUUGGCAACCUUGGCCCGAUUGUCGGCGCUUUCAAAACGUCUCAGAACCUGAUCCAGGCUGUGGCUCCCGGUUCAUCACCACUCCUGCAACUUCCCAACUUCACUGACGCCAUUGUCAAGUCCGUAGAGGGCGAAGAUGCCAAGGCUCACUUCACCGUUCAAAAGUAUAUGGAACUUCCAGAGGCUCAACGGCGCAGUCUGACUGUCGGCGCCGGUCUCCUCUCUGAUAAGCAAUACAACGACGCCGUAUCGGUCGCCGAACAACUUCCCAUGCUACAACCCGAGCGGAUCUUCUUCAAAGUUAUGGGGGAGAAGGUGAUUACACCCAGCAGUCUGGUACAGCUGGUGGUCAAGGCUCGCUUCAUUCCACCAGGCAGCACAUCUGUACCCCCAGUGAACGAACUCGACCUUGAGGACAUCGACCCCGAUGAGGAUGACCUUGAUGCCCUUAUGGGUCGCAAGCCGGCGAAGAACCGCGCCACUACGAUCGUGGACGGCAAGAAGGUGGAGACCAAGGUCGAGACCAUCCAGCCGCCUCUGGCCCAUGCCCCGUACCUAGCCCGUGACCACUCUCCACGCUGGAACAUCUUCCUCGCAGACGCCAAGCAGGGUAAGAUGGCCGUGCCGCCAUUCACAUUUACUACAUUCGACAAGCCGAUCUUUGACGAGGCCGGCAAGCCCACAUUCAACAUCCAGACUCUCAAGAUGCAAUUCCAGGCUCCCCCGCAGGUCGGCGACUUCACCUUCAUCCUCCACAUGAUCUGUGACAGCUACCUGGGUCUUGACACCACCGCACAAAUCACUUUGCACAUUGACGACCCCGCCAAGGCAGCCGCUGUGGAAGAGGAGGAUGACAUCAGCGAGCCAGACGAGGACUCUAUCGCCGGUCAAAUGCAGGCUAUCAAGACAGGCCAAGCACCCAAAAAGAAGGUUGUCAAAGAGUCCGACGACUCCAGCGGAAGUGAUACCGACGGCGACGCAGGCGAUACCAGCGACACCGACACAGAGACGGAAGACGAGGAUUGA